AUGUCGGACGGCGAGGAAGCUGGCGCUAGCGGCGGGAUGGCUACUUCCAUGGUGGGAGCGCUGACGGUGAUUGACAGUCAGAUACAGACCUGGGAGGAAUAUUGUGAAGUUUUGGAGCACUUCUUUGAGGCAAAUGGGAUUACGGACGCAGGAAGAAAGCGAGCGAUUUUGUUGAGCUCCGUCGGCAGCAGGACGUAUAGUUUAAUGAGGAACUUGCUAAGUCCAGAGAAGCCGGGUGCCAAGUCAUUCGCGGAAUUGACUGGUUUGCUUCAGUCACAUUACAAUCCAAAGCCCAGUGAAAUAGUCCAGAGAUUUAAGUUUAAUUCAAGGACUAGAGCGGCAAAUGAGACUGUGUUGGAGUAUGUGGCUGUGCUGAGAGAGCUGGCGCAACAUUGCAAUUACGGUGAUAAGCUGAAGGAGAUGCUGCGCGAUAGGCUUGUGUGCGGCAUUGCGGAUGAUCGCAUUCAAAGGAGACUGUUAGCGGAGCCGGAGCUGACGUUUGAUAAAGCCCUGAAAGUCGCGCAGGCCAUCGAGACAGCGAACAAGGAUAUACGUGACUUGCAAUCAAAGGCGCUGGACAGUACUGUGAGCAAGGCUGCACCGCCGCUGUCAGUGCAUAAGGUGAAUGUACGACCUAAAGAUCAAAGCAAGAGUGUUCCAUUGGCCUGUUAUAGGUGCGGGGGGGAACACUUGGCACGGGACUGCCGGUUUCUAAAUGAAAAGUGCCAUGGGUGUGGGAAAAAGGGGCACAUGGAACAGCCUCAGCUAACGUUACAGAAUGUGCUAAAGCAGAAUGAAGAGGUAUUCAAAGAAGAACUGGGAACCUGGAGAGGCCCGCCCGCAAAAAUAUACGUAAAAGCGGACGUGGCUCCAAAGUUCUACAAGCCCAGGCCCGUGGCUUUUGCCAUGAGGAAGAAAGUAGAGUUAGAGCUGGAAAGGCUCACAAAGGAGGGCAUAAUUGAGCCAGUGAGGUUCUCAGAGUGGGCUGCACCAAUAGUGCCGGUGUUAAAGACUGAUAGUUCGGUGCGUGUUUGCGGGGACUACAAGCUCACAGUAAACCAAGUUUCCAAGCUAGAGCAGUAUCCAAUACCCAAGUUGGAGGACUUAUUUGAGAAGUUGACCGGGGGUGAGAAGUUUACUAAACUGGACCUUAGUCACGCAUAUCAACAAGUCACCCUCGAUGAGGCAUCAAAGCCUUAUGUCACAAUCAACACACACAAAGGGCUUUUUCAAGUGAAUCGCCUACCAUUUGGUGUUUCCUCUAGUCCUGCCAUUUUUCAACGGAUAAUGGAGGGUCUGGUGGCGGGAAUCCCUAAUGUGGCAGUUUAUUUAGAUGACAUCCUGCUGACCGGUCGGAGUGACCACGAGCACCUGGAGACCUUGAACGAAGUCCUACAGCGGCUACGAGAGGCUGGUCUUCGUCUGAAGCGCAACAAAUGUGUCUUCAUGGAGCGAGAGGCCGAGUUCUUGGGACACAAAGUGGAUGCCGCGGGGCUCCACCCUCUGCCAAACAAGGUCAGGGCUAUACAACAGGCACCAGCACCAACUAAUGUCACAGAACUGAGAGCUUACUUAGGCCUGCUCAACUAUUACAACAGAUUCUUGCCAAAUCUCUCAACACGGUUAGCUCCCUUGCACAGACUGUUAAGGAAAGAAACGCCGUGGAACUGGCAGGAGGAGCAAGAGAGAGCUUUUGAGGAGUCUAAGAGGCUCAUGCAGUCGUCAGAGGUGUUAGUGCAUUAUGACAGCCAUAAAGACUUAAUCCUGUCCUGCGAUGCGUCGCCUUACGGAGUAGGGGCGGUGUUGUCGCAUCGCAUGCCAGACGGGCAAGAGCGGCCUAUUGGCUUCAUGUCACGGACACUCACGGCAGCUGAAGCAAACUACUCGCAGCUGGACAAAGAAGGACUGGCGGUGAUGUUUGGCAUUCAGCGCUUCCAUAAAUAUUUAUAUGGAAGGAGGUUCAUCAUCUGUACAGACCACAAGCCUUUACUGUCCCUCUUCAGUGAGAUGAAAGCAGUGCCUCAAAUGGCAUCCCCUCGCAUUCAGCGCUGGGCAGUGACUUUGCGAGCAUAUGAGUAUGAGAUUGUCUAUAAGCCGGGUAAACACCACAGCAAUGCGGACGCUCUGAGCCGGCUCCCCCUGCCUCAGUCAGGAGAGAGCAGGAGGACCGUACUGAUGCUGGAGGAGGUAACGCUCGUGUCAGCCAGUGAAAUUAGCCAGUGGACACGAAAAGACCCAGUGCUGUCCAGAGUCUGUCAGUUCAUUCAACAUGGCUGGCCACUACAACACUCAGACUCAGCUUUCCAGCCUUAUGCGGUGAGGAAAACCGAAUUAAGUGUGCAAGAUGGGUGUAUAUUGUGGGGGUCACGCGUGGUGGUACCCCCGACAGGUCGCGAAGCAUUACUGGGUCAACUGCAUCAUGGUCACCCAGGCAUCACCCGAAUGAAAGCAUUAGCACGAAGCUACUUCUGGUGGCCAAAGUUAGAUGCAGACAUUGAAUCUGUAGUGAAAAGAUGUAGCACCUGCCAAGAACAUCGCCACUUACCAGCUCCAGCACCACUCCACCCUUGGGAGUGGCCGAGUAAACCGUGGCAGAGGCUACACAUAGACUAUGCGGGUCCUUUUAUGGGUCACAUGUUUUUGAUACUGAUGGAUGCCUAUUCCAAAUGGAUGGACGCCUACGCGGUAACCUCAGCAACUUCUGCCAAUACGAUUGAAUGUCUGCGGAGAAGUUUCAGCAGUCAAGGAUUACCUGAGAUGAUUGUGUCAGAUAAUGGUACGUGCUUUGUGAGUGCCGAAUUCCAAGAAUUCAUGAGGAAGAACGGAAUCGAACACAUCACUUCAGCUCCUUAUCAUCCUUCUUCAAAUGGCUGUGCCGAGCGUGCAGUCCAGACAUUUAAGUCCAUGAUGAAAAAAGCAGGUGAAGGUAGCAUCCAUACUAAAGUUUCAAGAGUGCUGUUUAGUUACCGCAUUACCCCUCAGUCCACCACAGGGCUGUCACCAGCGGAAAUGUUGCAGGGCAGGAGGUUGAGAUCGACACUGGAUCUAGGGCAUCCGGACCUCAGAAACAAGGUGGAACGGAAGCAGUGCAUGCAGAAGAAGCAUCACGACAAGCUCGGAUCAGGAAGAGGUUUCCAAGUGGGAGAUGCAGUGUCUACACGGAACUUCAGUUAUGGGCCUAAAUGGGUUCGGGGUUUUAUUACCAAAGUCACGGGACCGGUGUCUUACAAGGUCAUGUUGGGAGAUGGAACAGUUGUCCGAAGGCAUGUUGACCAGAUACUGGCCAGACCGGAAGACGCGGACCUAGUAGACCCUAAGAUCAUAGAACCACCCAUGGUGGAUUUGUCUUCAGCUGAUCCUGUGCCAGUGAGAAAUAGCUGUGCUCCAGAAGGAACUGUGCAAGAAAACCCAAAACCACCUGUGACAGAUAUUCCGGCCCCAGAUGCAGCAAAGGACGCACCACCCCAGCAAACAGCUGCACGGCGUUCUCAACGGACUGUCUCAAAACCUAGUUAUCUGAAAGACUAUGAAUGUUGA